AUGCCUCUUGAGCUGGCCAGGGGCACGAUCAGCACCACCCUCAACCACCUUCGCUCCGCUCCGGACAUCUCCAACCUCCAAGAGCGCGUCGCGGCGCAGAGCAGAGUCGACGACGAAAUCAAACGCUCCCUAAUGGCCGCCGGACAUACCGCUUCGGAUCUCACCUCUCUCGCCAACGUGCUGCUUGCAGCAUCGCAGGACCCUCGGCGGCAGCCCAUCGCCUUCCGCCUCUUCGAAAUCGCCUAUGGACCUUCAUCCCUUGUCGCCACCUUCCAGCUUCCCGCUGAACAAAGGCAGAGGAUCAGGGAGGAGGCUCGGACACGCGCCCGGCCCGGAGAUGCGCAGGACGCACAGGUCACCCAGCAGGGCUGGUGGGACGACGAGGCCGGAUACAGCUGGGCUGGCAUGAUCCUCUCCAACGCGGCUCCCCCACCGCCCAACCCGGCCCACCUGCGCGAGCGGCAUGAAGAGGCCAUCGAGACUUACCGUCGCCUGGCCGAGCGCGGCAACGCCAACGGUAAACUCGGGCUGGGUCGCCUUCUCCAGGCCCAGGCCGUCAGCGGGCGGCUGGACGCACAUACCAAAGACAAGGUGGUGCAGCGCGUCCUCCAGCUCUGGCGCGAAGCCGGCGAGGCGGGCAACGCAGAGGCAUGGUACGAGCUGGGUACCGUUCACCUGGGCGGUGCAUCGGUUGCGGUCGAUGAGAGCGAGGCGGAGCGAUGCUUCGUCAAGGGCGCUGAUCUGGGCCACGCUGGCUCGCACUACGCGCUGGGCGUGCUCUACAUGCGCCUUGCAAAGCCCGUUCAGGCCCACGAGCAUUUCCACGCCGCAGCGGAGCGAGGCGAUGUUCAGUCGCAGUACAAUCUGGGACUUCACUACCUGCUGCAACCUUCGCUCCAUCUUCAGUCUGCCGCGCUCGUCGAUGGAAGCAAGACGUUGCACCAGUUGCACGAGGAGCGAUGGGGCGUCAAGCCAGACGACGUCCUCGCCCGCCUUUGGUUCGAAAGGGCCAGCGCCGCGCACUUUGCUCCGGCACUGAUGAACCUAGCGGCGCUGCUGCACGAAGGUCGGGGCAAUCCUCCGCCACCAUCCACAUCUUCGUCGUCGUCGAAGGACAGCGUGGCAGAGACGGCCAGCGGUGCGACUCACCUGACGCGCAGCCAGCAGCUGCAGUAUUCCGCUGCUCUGUACGCCAAGGUGGUCUCGAUGGGCAGCGUCUCUUCCUCGCUUCCAGGCAGCAAUGCAGGAGGCGGCGGUCUCGCUCGAUUCGGACUCGAUCGAGAGAGUGCCGAGGCCAUGGUCAAGCUUGCCAACGAGGAGAUGGAGAAGGUCAACAAGGCUCUGCAGGAGAUGCAGGGAGAGGCAUAG